AUGUCUUCAAAAUCUGAUUUAUGUGAAACUUGUGAAAUGAUAAAAAUAGAAAUUCAAUACGCUACUCAACAUGAAAAAAAACUAGAACUUACUAAUAGUUACUUGGUUCACUUGAAUCGUGCUCAAAAAGAACAUUACUACUACAAUAACAAUAUUAUAAUUGCAAUUGAGGAUGGAAAACAUAAUCAAAAUAUAGUUGGUUCUCAAGUAUCUUUUAAAACCUUUAAAGGUAUUAUACGCAUUGCAUAUGAUUGGGUACAAAAUGUGCAAAUAAUAUAUUCACCUCAACAAAUUGGCUCACUAUAUUUUAAAAGUUCUUGA